AUGAGAGAAGAAAACCAGACUUCCACUACCUAUUUCAUUCUUCUGGGAGUUACUGGGCAGCAGAAACAGGAAGAUUUCAUCUUCAUCCUCUUUCUGCUCAUUUAUCCCGUCACAUUAAUUGGAAACAUGCUCAUCAUCCUAGCCAUUCUCUCUGACAUCCACCUUCACAACCCCAUGUAUUUUUUCCUUGCCAACCUCUCCCUUGUUGACAUCUUCUUCUCAUCUGUAACUAUUCCCAAAACACUGAUCAACCAUCUCAUGGGCAGCAAAGCCAUCUCCUUUGCUGAAUGUCUGACACAGAUGUAUUUCAUGAUAGGCUUGGCUAAUACAGACAGCUAUAUAUUGGCUGCAAUGGCAAUUGAUAGAGCUAUGGCCAUCAAUCACCCACUUCGUUAUACAGCAAUUAUGAACACCUGGCUCUGUGUCCUGCUGGUUGUUGGGUCUUGGGUGGUUGGACACACCAAUUCGCUUCCCCACACUCUGCUCACAGCUCAUCUGUCCUUCUGUGACAACAAGGAAGUAGCCAACUUCUACUGUGACAUUACCCCUUUGCUCAAGCUGUCCUGUUCCGACAUCCACUUUAAUGUGAAAAUGAUGUACAUGGGGGUUGGUGUUUUCUCUGUGUCUUUGCUAUGCAUCAUUGUCUCCUAUGUUCGGGUCUUCACCACAGUCUUACAGGUUCCAUCCACUAAGGGAACACUCAAAGUCUUCAACACCUGUGGUUCUCACCUGACAGUGGUUUCUUUGUACUAUGGGACAGUCAUGGGCAUGUAUUUCCGACCUUUAACAACUUACAGUCUUAAAGAUGCAGUGAUAACUGUGAUGUACACAACAGUGACCCCCAUGUUAAAUCCUUUCAUCUACAGUCUGAGAAACAGGGACAUGAAGGCUGCUCUGGGAAAACUCUUCCACAGUAGAACCUCCUCAGCUCCACUUUGA